AAUUUUGUGGGAGGAAACCGGAGUACCCGGAGGAGCUUAUAUCUUAUCUUAAGAAAUCUGUUUUAAAACACAUAUUUACUUCAACCAAGAAUAUUUUUUAAUUUAUUUUUUCUGAGCACAUUCUAUACAAUAUUAUGAUACCGUAACUAUAAAUAUAAUAAGUCAACCAAGAAUAUUAUAAGACAUUGCUUGUCAGUGGCGGAUCCAGGAUUUCAGAAAAUAGGGAGGGGCAUUUUGGGUGCCAAAUCAUAUAUAUGCCAGCAAUGCCUUGAUAAAUUGUGACAAAAAGGGAUGGGGUGGUCCCCCGUGCCUCUAUAAAUACGCCACUGCCCACGAUUCAGGUAUUGUGGUCUUUUUAAAAGCACAGUGCAAUUGGUUUUUUGUGGGUUUUUUUUUUAUCUGUAAGAUAGUCCAUCAAACGAACGAUAACUCGUACAAUAACAACUCAAAUUACGACAUUACGACAAUGUCAUUAUUUUUUCCCUCCAGAAAUAUGCACAUGAAUUAAAUUGAUUCAGAUUGUAAUAAAACGAAUGGAUUUUUUUUAAAUAGUCUGAUUUUCAGUAGUUUAAAACUGCUAUGGAGGUAUAUGAAUUUUUUUUUUAAUAUGCGUACCAAAAACAAGCCACAUUUCCGGUAGACAGACCCGAAAAAAGAAAGAUGGCUGAGAAGAAUUGCGGAAGAGAGAACUCGAAAAUGAAAGUCACAUGAACGACUUUAUGUAUCAUUCUUGUGUUACAAUCUACCGGAAAUAUGUUUCUGAUUAUAAAUUAAGGUUUAGUAAAAAUAUAAAUUUAAUAUUCACAUAGUUUCCUACAAAUAUUUAACAACGCCUGUCGGUUGUAAGAAAAAAAAACCCAACAAAAACAUGAGUUCUACGUCUGGACGCCAUCGGUCGUCCACGCGACAGUAUUCAGCAGAAGAGCAAGCUUUAAACCAGAUCUCAAAAGAGGCUGAAUCCAGAUUAGCUGCCAAAAGAGCUGCUCGGGCCGAAGCGCGAGAAAUCCGAAUCCGGGAAAUCGAAAAACAGCAGAGACAGGAAGAAGAAAAACAAAAAUCUCACGAUGUUUCCAAUGAAAGUCAGUCGAGCAGGCUACGAUCUGACUACAAUGAUUCUCGGAGAGGAAGUGACGACUCCAACUCAGCUACGGAAGACCUCGACACGUCGCGAGAUCAUCAGAGAGAAAUGCGGGCAAAGUUACGAGAGUUGGAUGAGAAGUACAAGAGAGCCAUGAUGAUGAACGCCCAGCUAGACAACGAGAAACACAGCCUGGUGUAUAAAGUGGAGCUGAUGAAGGAUCAGAUGGAAGAGAUGGAGGAGUCCUUUACACAACUACAGCGGGAAUAUAAAGACAAGUGUCGGGAUUUAGAAAUGCAGAAAAGGACUGUUAAGGACAUGGAGUUUGAUUACAAUAUAGCAAAGGAACAAUUAGCAAUAAAAGAAAAGUUAAUCCAGGAAAGUGGUCUUGUAAUAGUUUCGUCUGAGGAGGGAGUUCUCUCCCUUGAAAAAUGUCUUCCAAACGGACAGAUACCACCAGGUGGCAGUCUCCUGAUAUCUGCCGAUGCGGCAGAAUUACUGGAAAAAUCGGGUGUAGGCUCACUAGAUGAUAGACUACGAUCAUUUUUAGAUGAAAAGACUAAUUUAUUGAAAGAAAUAAAAGGUUUGAAAGAUGAAUUAGAAGAAGAAAAGUCCAAAAGAGAGCAGAAAACCUCAUCAGUUCCUCAGAUCAAUGGUCCGGAGAUGCAGCUGUAUGAGGUCCAGAGAGAGGCCAGUAAACAGAUUCACGAAUACAAAUUAAAGUUACAAAAAGCAGAACAAGACAUCACUAACUUAGAUGGAACGGUGAGUCGAUUAGAGACGCAGGUAAAACGCUAUAAACAAGAAUCAGAAGAUUCAGAAAAGCUGGAGGACGAGUUAAAGACAGAGAAGAGGAAGUUACAAAGAGAGCUGCGUGAAGCCCAAACAAGAGUUGAGGAAUUGUCAAACCAAAAUAAACAUUUACAAAAUAGGAUAGAAAAAAUGAAACAAGCCCGCGCUCUAGCAAGCCAGUAGCCAUAGAAACCGUGAAAAGUGAUGGCUGUUUUUAAAUUUACAGUAUAUCUCAGUGUGGCUCGUCUCAAUCUAUACAGGCCCCGCACAAAGAAAUACUAGCUAGCCAGAGUUGCCUCUGCCAGAAUUGUGAUCUUUUUCACAUAAUUGCCCUGUGAUCGGAUUGAAAAAAAAAAAAGAGUCUCAAAGGCCCGGAUUGUUUAAAAAAAAACGAGUCUCAAAGGCCCGGAUUGUUUAAGUUGUUGUUUCCAGAGUCCACUCAUUAUGAGGCGAUAUAUUUUCAUCCACACUUACAUGUAGUCGUUUAUUUUAUCACAUGGUUCAUACCGAGACUAUUUCUGUAUCGAUUCACUUUCAAAGUGAAUUAUUGUUACCACGGUUACAUUUAUUGUACUUUUCCUAAAGGUGAUAUAAAGCAUAUUUAGCACUACCCUGUUGUUCUUCAUUCGGUGUAUGCUUAUAUUUUCAUCUUCUUUUUUUAAUUUUAGUGGGUUCUGCAAAACUUUAUUGGGGUUAUUAAAAAAAUACUAUUAUUUUCACUAGUGUAAAUUUUUCAGUUGUGUGAAUUUUUCAUUGGUGUAAAUUACAGUUUUGUAAAUUCCAUUGGCAUAAAUUUCACUUUUGUCCAUUUUAAUGGAUCAAUUUUUCACUGGUGUAAAUUUCACUAGUGUAAAUUUACUGUGUAAAUUUUUCACUGGUGUAAAUUUAACCAUGUAAUUUUUUUACUGGUGCAAAUUUAACUGUGUAAAUUUUACUGGCUGAAAUUUUACUGAUUCAAAUUUUGAAUUUCACUAGUGUAAAUUUACACUGGCUUAAAUUUCACCGGGGGGGGGGGGGGGGGGUUGCCUGUAACUUUAUGUUCACAUAUUCCCCCCCCCCCCCCUCUAAACUGGUGUAAAUUAUGGAAAUAUGAAAUAGUACCAUUUUGAAAAUGCUUGCACAGUUUGUUAUAAAUGUGAAAAAGAGAAAAUUAUUGAAGCAGAAUUUGUACAUGAUAGGAAUUGAUGUGGAUUUUCAGACCAAGUUUGACCUUUGAACUCUGAGUAUAUGAACUGUGUAAUUUGUAUGUGGAAUAAAGUGAUGCUGCUUAUUUAUGGAAUUCAUAAUGCAGAGCUUAUCCUAUUUUAUUCAAUGCAAUAAUAACUCGGCCCUUCCUCUUGUGCAACAGUUUAUUUCCCGGAAUUGGACAUAGCGACACUUGCUACAAACAAAUGUUUUAAAAAAUGACAGCUAAAUUUUUGUUUAUGGUAAACUGAAUGCAAUUUAUUCCUAUGGUGUCUCAAUGAAAUCCAAGACUGUGGGUGGGUGGGUGGGGGGGGGGGGGGGGUGUAUAGAAUUAUAUAGGCAUGGGUAAUAUAUCUCUGUUUUGAACAUCAUGGACAAUUUCUUAUUUUUGAGGAAUUCUGUAUUUGUACUUAUAACAAUCAAACUAAGGUAAACAGAAUAUAGAUAUCGCCCCUAUACUUGGCAUUCAGUGUCUGUAGAGGGGAAAGAAAUUCACUCGUCCGUCUGUGAGAAAGAAAAUGUGAACACUGCCUGUAACUGUUGCGUGGUUUGGUGUCCUUGUGACUGGGCUUUUCAGGCUGCCAUAUUUAGAACUUGACUUUUAGAGAUGAUACACAUCAUUUUUUUUUUUUACCUCUUUUUGAAGAAUUGCAAUUUUUACAGUAUUUGACAAAAUUGGGGCUGUUUCAAAAGUUUCCUUACUGUAGAGUAUUUACAGAUAUUUAUUUAGCGUGAUGCACCUAGAGCAAUUUAUCAGUCAAUGUGUGAAAAAGAGUUCAAGCGAUUUUUGACUCUACAGAAAAAAGCCCUGAAAACAAAUACCUAGUGAACACUAAGACUAAACAAAUACCUAGUGAACACUAAGACUAAACAAAUACUAAGACUUUGACCAACUUGACUUCAUUCAGUUGAAAUGUCAUUAUUUUUACAUGUGCAAAUGUAUUCAUAUUUUGUACAGAAUAUUUGAAAACGGAGAAGUUCUGAUUUGUUGGUAGCAAGUGUCCGUUAUCUUGAGAGGGAAAGUGUCGUCUAAUAUUUAGUGUUGCAGUUCUUCCAACAUGUCUUUUGAUAUUAAGUGGUGCAGUUCUUCCAACAAGUCCUUUCCUGUAGUACAAAUGUGACAUAUUGGGGGACACAUGUGUCUCGCCCAUUUCAUUUUUAUUAAUUUUAUUUUAACUUUCAAGUUAAUUCAAGAGUUUCGUUAUGUAUUUAUUUUAUAUGCUGGAACAGUUGACAAAUGAGACUUGAAUUGCGGGACUUGGAUGAUAACUGAAAUGGGAAAAAUUAUUACAAAUUUGAUAAUAUGGUAAAUGCAUCUCCCUCUUAAUGUUUUUCUGCUGUGUGUGUGUGUAUAGAGUGCAUGGGAUUAUCAGUAUGCAUGCUAGAAAAGAUUGUAAAAGCAAAGAGGGAAAUUUUAAUAUGGUUCUUGUUAGAUGAUUCUACAAUGUAUUUUAUGGGAGUAAAAAUGUCACUUAUAAAUACUAAGACUUUAUUAACCUUCAAAUUUCAUUAUUCAUUUUACAGAAUACAAAACUGUAUUCAGUACAUGAUUAUAUGUGGACAUUUUAUUCAGCUUUUGAAACAUCCAAAACAAUGUACAACAGAGUUUGUUGCCAAUAAAGUCACUGCUUUUUGAA